AUGACUUCCAAUAUUUCGGAUUUAGAAGAUAAGAGCAAGCUGGCGUCUCCAGAGAAGCCUGACAGUGAUGAGGAGCAGCUGGCUGCCCUCGGUCACGUACAGGAACUCCGUCGAGAAUUUUCACUAUGGUCCAUUGUGUGUCUCCAGAUCUCGUUGAUGGCAACAUGGGAGGCACUUUCAUCUGUGGUGGGGACAGCCCUGACCAAUGGCGGUGCUCCUUGUUUAUUUUAUAACUAUCUCAUUUCAUUAGUCGGCACAAUAUUCGUUGUUCUUUCACUAUGUGAGAUUGCCGCGAUUUAUCCUACAGCAGGAGGCCAAUAUCACUGGGUCCAUUGUCUGAGCCCUGCAUCAUAUCGAGCCACUGCUUCAUGGUUUACCGGCUGGAUUUCCAUCGGUGGUCAACUCGUUCUCGCCGCUUCAGCAGCUUUUGCAGCCGGCCUACAGCUGCAAGCUCUCAUCACCCUCAAUAAUCUCGACACCUACGUUUCGGCUAGAUGGCAAGGAAUGCUUUUUUACUGGCUGAUCCUGGCGUACUCCACGGCGAUCAAUAUCUGGGGGUCGAAGAUUCUACCUCAUACCAACACCACGGCCGGCAUAUUGCAUGUGGUAGGAUUCAUCGCGAUUGUUUGUGUCUUGGGUGCAAUGUCGACGAAACACUCGGCCCAUUAUGUCUUUGAGGAUUUCUCUAAUACCAGUGGCUGGACAAAUGAUGGGGUAUCCUGGCUGGUUGGGUUGUUAAGCACAGUCUACCCCUUUCUUGGAUACGAUGCCGCCUGUCAUCUAAGCGAGGAACUCCCCAAGCCUUCGCGUAAUGUACCCUUAGCCAUGAUUGGCAGCGUCGCCAUUAACGGGGUAAUUGGUCUUAUUUAUGCCAUCGUGUUAUUGUUCUCGCUGGGUGAUCUGCAGGAGCUCCUCGAAUCUCAGACCGGGUUCCCCUUCAUGCAACUGUUUCUCAACGUUACGCGUUCACCGGCCGGGGCCUCCGUUAUGGCACUCUGCAUUACUCUGGUUGCUCUAGCUGCCAACUCUGCCGGUACAACCUCAACCAGUCGUACAGCAUGGGCUUUCGCACGCGAUCAUGGUCUGCCUGGCUCCGGAUUCUUUUCGCAUGUUAACCCGACCCUCAAAGUGCCUGUGCGUAUGGUUUUAGUCGUCGGAUUCCUGCAGAUGUUACUUGGCUUGAUUUAUCUUGGAAGCUCAACUGCAUUUAAUGCUGUCCUUUCCAUGGCGAUCUUGGGGAUGUACGCUUCUUACUUUUCUCCAAUCUUGUUCAUGCUACUCUACGGUCGACGGACAUCAUCCUCGGUUAUUGGUGGAUUGGGAUCAGGAAUGUUUAAUCUUGGAUCUCGCUGGGGGCCAGUGGUUAAUGUGAUUGCUCUGAUGUGGCUGAUCCUUGCAAUGGUGUUCAGUACCUUUCCUACGGUUGAACCCGUCACGCCAAACAACAUGAAUUAUUGUGUGGUAGUGAUGGUGGGCUGGGUCUUCAUCGGUGCAUUGUACUAUUAUGUUUGUGGUGGGAAGAAACGAUUCUCUGGCCCGGUGGUAGAACUGGCCGAGGAUAUAUAA